AUUACAUACCAAGCUGUCAACCAAAAUGCUGUCAAGAAAGUGGUGGUGAAGGGAGAAGAAGAGGUACCAGAAACAGAAAAUUCUGAUAGAACCCGACGUGAUGUGUUUGAUAUUUUCAGGACGGCAGAGAAUUUUUCAAUUCUUGUUCAGGUUGAAUUGUUUGCUGAAAGUGAUAUAACGCGUUUUAACGAAUUAAACUGUUGUGCUACGGUUAUUCCCUUGUCACUUUAUCGAAAACAAGUGUUAUGUGUGGUUUGUAGUUUUAAAAACAUAAAUGGCUGGAAGCAGGAACCCCUUCAACUUUAAUGAAUAUUCACCGGUUAUGGCCGUGCAGCGAAUAAAUUUUGAGUUUGUGUAAAAGUUAGCCAGCCCAAAUGCAUACGAUGGAAGAGAAAAAGGGUCCGCGCUUUGGCGGAUCAAAGGUCUCGGAAAUAGCGAACAUCUUUCAAGCGAAAACGCCCGCGCCGCGAGAAGACUUGAUCGCACCGCUCAGAAAAACGCAGCGACUCAGCCACAGCUCGGAGAAAAUCGACGCUGACAACAACGCGCCGACCGUCACUGUCAUGCGAACCGAAUCGCACGUCACUAGGUUCAACAACGCGAGGGCAAUGUUCGAGAAGCUCGGCGAAGAGCAGCACCACAGCAAGCCGCGCGACAAAGUCGUCAUCCCGCUGCAAUCUACGAGGAGCGCUUCGAACAUCCUCGAUGCACGAUCGCGUGCGAGUUCGGCCUGCAGCGAGACGCGCGACACGAAAUCGCAACAUGGCUCUCGAACGCCGUCUCCAUCUACCGGCGCGCUCGACAACUACAGCAACAGCGUUCCCGCGCUCGACUCGCUCGGCAAAAAGACGAACGGUUUCGCCGAAACAAACACAAACGGCAAGAGCGACGGCAAGCCCGUGCUGCUGAAGAAGCCGGAAAAACCCGAACGAAAAUUCAGCAGCAAGGAGCUGAUAGAGCGACAGCGGAACUGGACGUCGCACUUUUCGAAGACGCGGUCGAGCAGGUACAACAGCGACCCGAACCGAAACGAGGUCCGGCUCGCGGUCAACACCGUCGGGCAGGGAGAGGUUCCCAGCGGGGGGAAAACGACUACUAGGAGCGCGUCUUUCAGCAACAGACUGAAAAGUCCGCCCACGUCGCCGCCUCCGCCUCCAGUGCGUACAGAAGCUUCGAGAAGGCCGAACGUCGUUCGGAAGGAGAGACCGGCUUCGGUCAUUCCUACCACCGACAUUGGUUCCUACGAAACCUUCGUCAGAUCUAGCAAACAAAUCAAAAAAGAUAUCGACGUUGUCGAGCCGAAGAACAGCCUGCUGGUAUCAAAUUCACCUGACAAUGACCUGAACUCCUUGAUAUCCGACGUUUCAAAACCAAACCAGAACUUCGCCAAACCCAAACGUAUUGCCAGCAGAGAAGCCAGCGUAGAAAACGACAAUAACGUCGCCGCCGAAUCGAAUCUGCCACAAAACGUCGUGGUGAAGUCACCGCUUGCUGGUGAGGACAAGGAGAACAGCAGAGAAAAUCUGUCGGUGGCAUCCGGAAGUUUGUCUUCGUUGAGUCCCCCAAGUAGUCCGAGCAAGGUCAAGUCGGAGCAGGAGAAGCAGGAACAGGAAGGGAACGAGAAGUCUCUUUUGGAUAAUGGCGAAAUAAGGAAGACCGACAAUAAGACUGAAGAAAACUUAAUAGUGCCAAGAAGGACGAAAGUCUCUAGUAUUUCUCUGAACAUUCCGGCGGCCGGACUUGGCAGUCGCCCGGCCUCCAUCGUCAGCACCACCACCUCCGACGAAGGGGGCUUCAACGAACCCUCGCCGAAAGUAGAAGCCAAGCUGAAGCCCCACGAAGAGUCCCUCUAUGACUUUCCCAUAACCGAAGAUAAGUCUUUCGAGUCUCCUGAGGACCUGAAAGAACACAAAGACCGCAGUCCUCCAAAACUCACCCCUGCCGAAAUAGAAGCACUGUACGCGGUGCCUCACAAGAAGAUGGUGAAGCCGUCUAUUGUACCGCAGAAUUUGGAAAGCGCCUUCGCCUACGAAGACGAAGUGCCCCAGUACGCGGUUCCCUAUAGGCCCCACAGUCUCAGUCAGCAGAAGUCCAUCACAUCUACGGACUCGGACGUGUCUCAAGUAACGGUAAUACCUCAGAGGCCAAAAACGAAUUCGGUAUUAGCGGAUUUAGACAGGGAGAGCAGCUGCGAGAAUCCUUGCCAAAACGAACCAGAUCUUAUGAGUAGCGAUAGGUUAAGUGCGGAAAAGUCUGAUAGUAGUGAUAGUAAGAAAUCGGAACCGUUCAUCAUGGUCCGCGAAGUUAUACAGAUGUCCGAUAGGGGCGCUAGGACUCAGGUCGUGCAAAAGGCCGAAGCGAACCUGUUGGAUUUGAACGAUGUGGAGUACGCGGACGCUGGGAGCGACCACGAUCAGGAUGGUAGCGUGGUGGAGGAGGAGAAGGUACCUGUUGCCGAUGCUAUGACUCCGGACGAGGCUGAGAAUUUGUUGAGCAACAAGAUUUUGGAGAAAAAAAAUAGGUCAAACAUUUUAUCUGACGAAGAAGCUCAAGAGGUAGCGAAACUCCUAAAUUCUCAAGACAACAAAUCCGACAAAUGGCAUCCGAAUGCGUCCAGUUCGUUGCUGCAAGAUUCCAUGUCUGCCUCCGUGGCCGAUUCCUCGGGACCGGUAUCUCUCAACGAUAGCUUCGGGCCCCCUUCGAUCUUUGAAGAGUCAUUCAAUGAGCAUUUCAUGGAGUCUAGCGAAACGACCAAUCUCCUGAAUUCUGUGAAAAACCAAGAUAGUAGAGGUAAAUACGCUGAAGCUUCGUCUCAGUACUACGAAUCGACGUCUAGUUUGGAUUCGAUGCAGGAUGAGGAGAAGGAAUCUAAGAAUGAUAUAGAUACUAGUGUGUCGGCUACUGACUCUGGUUUGAUAGAUUCCGUUACUAGCUUAUCCGAGGGUAACUAUUUAGAAAGCAAGACUGAUGAAGGAUUUGUUGCGAAACCUAUUCAAAUCAUAGGGGUAGAACACGGAGUGCAUUACUAUGAGGAUGGCCACUUUUGGAUGGAAGUACCUGGUUUACCUCCAGAAGAUGACGAUGAUCUCGAAUAUCCUACAUACGUUCCUAAACCAAACAAAAUUAGCUUUUCGUUAGAACCCAUGAAAGUCUAUUCGACUUUUAGCAUAUCUGAAUACGAUAGGAGGAAUGAAGAUGUCGAUCCGGUCGCAGCAUCCGCGGAAUAUGAACUAGAGAAGAGAGUCGAAAAGAUGGACGUGUUUCCCGUGGAACUGGUCAAAGGGUCUGAAGGUCUAGGUUUGAGCAUAAUAGGGAUGGGGGUUGGCGCGGACGCUGGCCUGGAGAAGCUAGGAAUUUUUGUCAAAACGAUAACUACUAAUGGAGCUGCGGCUAAAGAUGGACGCAUCAGGGUGAACGAUCAGAUAAUUGAGGUGGACGGUAAAAGUUUGGUGGGCGUCACUCAAGCUUACGCCGCCAGCGUUCUAAGGAAUACCUCGGGCUUGGUAAAGUUCAGUAUAGGAAGGGAGAGGGAUCCAGAAAACAGCGAAGUUGCGCAGCUAAUAAAGCAGUCGUUGCAGGCAGAUAGGGAUAGGGAAGAGAGGAGGCAGAGGAUUAUGGAGGCGGAACAGCAGCAUAGCGAAGCAAGCACAGUUCAGUUGACUGGAUCGGCAAACACAAGUGUUAGCGAUGGUCCCACUAGUCCGACUGUCAAUCAAGAAAGCCUUUUCGAGCACGAGCAGGACAACGUUGAAUCUCUAAGAUCUCUACUAGUGGAGACUCAACGAAAAUAUAACAUGUCAGAGCUUGAAGUUAUGCGGCUGAAAAAUAAGCUCAUGGAGCAGAAUGGUGUGAAGCCCGACGAAUCCGAGAAGUUCGAGCAGGUCUCCCAAAGACUGAAAGAAACCGAAAGACACCUCACAACCACCAAGAAGGAAGUGCAGACCUACCAGAACAUGUUGGAGCAGUCUCAAACCCAAUACCAAUCCCUCGAAAAGAAAUACAGCAAAGCCAAGCAGUUGGUGAGGGAAUUCCAACAGAGGGAGCUGGACAUGCUUCACCGGGAGGAUUUCUAUCAGCAGCUGUUGCAGGAGAAAGACACCGAAUACAAUUUGUUGGUGAAGUCGUUAAAGGAUAGGGUUAUCGCUCUGGAACAAGACUUGCUGGAUACACAGAGGAAGGCAGGGUUACCGAUGGUGCUGCCUUAUGAUAACAUCAAUUUGAAGCAGGUUACACCAAAAAUGUCCAAAAGGCAGCCCCCCAAACCCCUGUUCCAGUCGCUACAACCUGAUUUUUCCGAUACGGAAAUAUCAGACGCAAGUCCUGACGAUGACAAAACCGCAACUGUCGAACGAAAAAUGCCUAUAAAAGAGGAAUUUGACAGGGCAGUACCGCCACACGAAUUACUGGAUAUCUCGGCCAGUAAAAGUAAGGCUGAACUUGCAGGAAGGGGUGCCCUAGCUAACAGGCAGCUACCGAGCGUGAAAAAAGGCUCGUUAAGCAACAGCAGCUCAGAUUAUGGUCUCGACGAGAGCUACAACUCCUCUGAUGAAGUUACCGAUUCCGUGUUCGCCCAAGCAAAUGAAAUGAAACAAAAAUCUCACAGCUUGGUCAGCUCAAGACCGACUUCCUUCAACGCUGUCAUCCAGCAACAACAUCAACAACAACACUACUAUUCCGCUCAACAAAACAACGCUCAAGAAUCGCAGUACACAGUGCAAUAUACUCAGGUGCAAAAUACUCAAUCGCAGAAAUCCAGUCAGUACUCGACACAACAGAGUGCCGUUUCGAAUCAGAGUUCGAGCGUAGUCUAUGCCAGCAUCCAGAGGGAGACCAGCACUUUCCAGCAGCCAAGUCCGGAUCCUUGGAGCGACGUCGCUGGAAGGGGAACGGGGAUAGCCGUGGGGCCGCCUUCUUCCUUGGCGGAACAGUUGAAGCAAGUCUUGGCAGAGCGUGAGAAACGUCUCGGCGGUGACAGCACCAGCAGUUCGACGGACGAUCUGAACGACAAAACAACCAAAGACGAUCCCGCCCACCAUCUACUCGAAGAGAUAAGGCAGGCCGUUCACGAAGCGAACGCCAAGGUAAAAAAAGUUGUUCCUGUUACGUUAUCACCCCCAGGUAGCACGCCCUGGCAGCCGCAGACCAACACUUCGCCGACGCCCCCCUCGCCCUCCAGCCUGUCUUCAGGCUCGGUCUCGCCAUCGAGGCACGACGCUUCGUGGGGCACCACCGAUCUCAGUCUGUCGUCUUGCAGCAUCAGCAGCGAUAAGAGGAACACGAAUUUCUGGCAGUCGGUUCCGAUUCUAGAUUGGAACAAGGAUCAAGUCUGCCAGUGGCUCCUCGCCAUCGGAAUGGAGCAGCAUGUUAGCAAAUUUGCGGAGUUACAAGUAAAUGGAAGCGCACUGCUGCUGCUGACAUCGGCGGAUUUCAAAAUAUUAGGAAUCACUAGCGACGAUAAGAAUCGUCUCAAAAGAAAAAUUAAAGAUCUCAAACUACAAGCAGAGAAGGAAAGGAAGCAGAUGGAAAGGGAUCGAAAGGAAAAGGAAAAAUUGCAGAAAAAGGCUGAGAAGGCAAACAAGAGAAAGUAGAUGUUUGAAAAUCGAUGUAUUAACAGGGAAUUUUCUUUUAAUUCUGACUCGGUAAUUAGGUUCUGAGAAGCUGAGUCAAGCCAUAAUUUCAUAGAUAUUUGAUAUGAAGAGUGCCAGAUACAUUUGAGAAUACAGUUGAUAUUAGUUGUUGUACAGCUUGUUCCAAAUUAGUUUAUGAAAUGGAAUGUUCUAACAAGUUUUUUGUAACUCUAUAUUGAAAACGUUUAUUCAAUAGUUAAAUUUUAUAUUUUUAUAAGCAGAACGGCCUAUUUUGAAAUAUUUUCUUGUACAUGAAAGUUAACAAGUAGAAUUCGGUUACUUUCCUUGCCUCUUUUCUGGGACAGGCUGAACUUCACACAAAUUCCUUUUAGAAAUUAUCCGUAUUAUGUAUUAUAAAAUGUGCUCGUGUUAGUGUGGUAUGUAGUAAUACCUUGUAAAUAUUAAAGAAAGUUGGGUAUGACGUAUGAUUUUAAAACAUUUCAAACUUACCUACUUGUAUUCAAACAUCAAUAUUCCUGUCUACAAGUUUUUUAAGUUCCUUUUUUGGAUGACUCCAAUGACUGGCUGAUCUCCAACAGCUUUUCAGAAGAAUAGUUUUACAAUAGGUUAAGUAUAAUUUAUUUUUCUGUCAAUUUUAGUAUUUUAUUUCCUUUGAAUUUUUUAUACUAACUUUGUGAUAAUCACAAAAUAUUUUGUAAUUUUAGAAUUUAUAUUUUAAAUGAAAAUAUGUGAUCAUUGUAAGAUAAAAUCUGUUAUAAUUUAUUGAAUUAUGUUAAUUAUUGUUUUCUUAUGUUUCGUUUUAUUCUUUUAUAUUAUAUUUUACAGAAUCUUUAAUCAAGAUUUUUUUAACGUGUUUUAUCGUCUUUCAUGAAGAGUUCUUCACAGUUUUCCUUCCUCAUUACUAGAAGGGAUAAUGUCCAAUGAUCUAUCAAUCCUAUCACUGUCUCUGUUGAGAUUGAAUUUAUAUGACAAUAUCACUAUUUUGUCGAAAAAAUGCUGAGUUCUUUAAAGUUUUUGUGCAUGUUUUAUGUUCCUUACUUAAAGUUCAGCAUAUUUUGGGAACACUGUGAAUAACCUCUUUUUAUACAGUAAUUGUAGUACAAACGUAAAUCAAAGUUUUUUACAUGCUUUUCUCCAGUCCGGUAAACUAUUUUGUUGGGACCAAUUCCUUUUUUUCAAAACUACCCAUUUGAACUUGAAAACUUGUUUUGCUCAAUCUCUUGUCCUUUCAAAUUUUCAAUGCCAUCCAAGGCAGCUUUAUGAUUUUAUUGGGUUUUUUCUGAUAUUUUGUAAUUUACAAAUCAAAUUGUAGAAUCAUGAAUAAAUGACAAUGUAUUUAUA